CGGGGCUUCGGGUUGGCGGUUGUGUUUGCAGCAGGAGCGAAGAUCCUGCAUGAUUUCUAUCACGAAUUUAUCGAGCUUGUUUGUAAUUAUUCGAAAUCGCACCACGAUCCACUUUAAAGCUGGAAAAGCUGGUUUGUUGGCGACCGGACGAAGAAAUCCCUCAGGCAAACCGGACGCUGUGCUCGGCGGUGUGUGAAGAUGGAGGACAUGGAGGUGGAAGCAGCGGCCGGAGUGAUCGUGCUCUCGGAGUCGGACAGCACCACAGAAGAAGAGAGUGUGUCUGCGCUGGUGGAGCGGCUCCGGCAUCCGGUGCAUCGGCACGUCCAGAGGAGGAGGCGGAGGAUCGGACUGAGCACUCGUGAAGAGCUCCAGGCGCUCAUACGGGACACGGAGGAGCUGUCGGAGCGUCUGAGACGACACACAGCUGAGGCUCACACACACUCCUCCAGCCGGCCCGCUGCCGUCAUCACACACACGUCCCGUCAGCCCAGCGCCACAGGCCCACGGCCAGCCCUCGCCUCACACACAGGGCCCAGUGUUCCUCAGGAGCCCGGAGGGACGAGCGCAGGAGCAGGAGAGCCGAGACCAGAGUCUGAGGCUGUGCCGGAGCCGGUGGGUCCCGCAGGAGAGGCUGUGCCAGAGCCGGUGGGUCCCGCAGGAGAGGCUGUGCCAGAGCCGGUGGGUCCCGCAGGAGCUGUCCCGUGUCCCGCAGGAGAGGCUGUGCCGGAGCCGGGGGGUCCCGCAGGAGAGGCUGUGCCGGAGCCGGGGGGUCCCGCAGGAGCGGUGCCGUGUCCCACAGGAGAGGCUGAGGACCGGGACGGGGAGGGCGAGACCUGCUCCAUCUGCUUCGAGCCCUGGACCUCGGCCGGGGACCACCGGCUGGCCGCUCUGCGCUGCGGACACCUGUUCGGGUACAUCUGCAUCUCGCGCUGGCUCUCGGGCGGCGGGAACAAGUGUCCACAGUGUAAUAAGCAGGCCAAGCGCGGCCACAUCAUCUUCCUGUACGCGCGCAGACUGAAGGCGCUGGACAACGCGGAGGAGGUGCGUCUGAAGAGUCGUCUGGAGCUGGAGCAGGGCUUGCGCCGCAUGGAGCAGCUGGAGGUCGCUCAGUGCCGUCAGCAGCAGCAGCUCGUGGCCGAUGAAAACACACGACUGCGCAGAGAGGUCGAGGAGUUGAGGCGGUGGAAAGCGCAGGUGUCGCUGGGCUCGUCCCAGGGCUCGUCCCUCUCCUCCUCCCAGAGGCAGGACUCGCCCGGCGGGGGGCAUUAUGUGUUCUCCAAGGCUCUGCUGGUGUCUCAGACCGGGAGCAGUCGCGUCCUGUCCUACUGCGAGCCCCUCGGGUGUCUGCUGGCGUCCCAGCCCUCCACACACGCCACGCUGCUGCCAGGCUUCGGGGUGAAGAUGAUCAGCACAGCGAGUCUGAAGCCGAGUCAGUACAUCCCCAUCCACAGCAAGCAGAUCCGAGGCCUGGCCUUCAGCCAGCAGCAGGACAGCUUACUCCUGUCCGCCUCCUUCGACAGCACCAUCAAGCUCACCAGCCUGCUGACGAACACCGUGGUCCAGGCCUACAACACGGGCCGGCCCGUGUGGAGCUGCUGCUGGUGCCAGGACAACAACAACUACAUCUACGCCGGGCUGAGCAACGGCUCUGUGCUGGUGUACGACACGCGGGACACGAGCACACACGUGCAGGAGCUGGCGCCGCUGCGGUCCAGUUGCCCGGUGGUGUCGCUGUCGUACGUCCCCCGCUCCGCCUCGAGCUCGUUCCCCUGUGGAGGGCUGAUCGCCGGCUCGCUGGAGGGCGGCUGCUUCUGGGAGCACGUGGAGGGAACCGCAUACACGCCUCACAUCCUGCCUCUGGAGUCCGGGAACUGCACCGACAUCCAGGUGGAGCCGGAGAGCCGACACUGCCUCGUCACGUACAGGCCAGGUCGUACAAACCCGUCUCUGCGCUGUGUCCUGAUGGAGCUGAACCGAACGCCCCAGACCGACAGCACUCAGACGCCCGUGUGCUCCUGCGCGGCCGUGCAGACCUUCAGCGCCGGCGCCUCCUGCAAACUGCUCACCAAGAACCGUGUGUUCAGGAGCCCAGCGGGACAGGGCGCCACGCUGGUGUGCGCCGGAGACGAGGCCAGCAACUCCACCAUGGUGUGGGACGCGGGCUCCGGGGCGCUGCUGCAGAAGAUGCCUGCGGAUCUCCCUGUGCUGGACAUCUGCCCGUUCCAGGCCCAGCAGAGCAGCUUCCUGGCCUCGCUCACCGAGAAGAUGCUCAAGGUCUACAAGUGGGAGUGAGACCCACGGGACCAGGACCAGAGUCCGACGCGACCGGCUCUCUUUACCACGCCUUCUGUUUAAAUCAGUGUUUUCUCAAUGUUUCAGUUCAAAGUCAUCACUGCUCACUAUUUUCUUUGUAUAUAUGUAAGUGUUUUUGUAUUGCUUUAUUAAAAUAAUAAAUGCAUACGUGCUUUGA